CUCUGUUUUUUCAUCUUCCUCUCGGUUCUCUCCAUUUCUUUGUUUUAAAAAACCCAAUACUGAGGGUGCUGAUUUUUCUGGUAUACAUUGUCUUUUCUGCAGGUGAGGCAAGGAUAGGGUUGUAGAAAGCAGGAGUGUAGAGGCCCGAGAUUGGGGGUGGCGCGCGGUGUGUAGGAGGCAUGAUUGCCAGCAAUGGGGCGCAGAGGAGGGAGGGCGCAGGCUCAGUGCAGAGGGGGGGGGGUGGAAGCUGGUUUGAUGCAGAGGGAGGUGGAGGCUGGUUCGAUGUAGAGGGGAGAGGAAGCUGGAGAUUGAUGCAGAGGAGGGUGGAGGCUGGUUCGGUGCAGAGGGGGGUGGAAGUUGGUGACUGAUGAUGAAGAAGAAGGUUUAUUGGUGCAUGACCCACACUAGUGGUGGUGAUCUUGUUCUUUUUGACCUAGAAAUAAAGAGAGCUUUUAAGAAAGCAAAUGAAGAACAUCAUGCUAGGAGAAGUUAACAAUUAAAUGAUGCACGCAUUC